AUGGAUUACUCGUACUUGAACCAAGCGGCUGCAGCAGCGGCUGCUGGCUUCGAGGCGUCCAGCUGUGCACUGGCUGCCAGUGAGAUGCAAUGUGGAUACGGAGACCUGAGCUCAUGCUCACAAAUGAGCCAGGCUGCUUAUCGUUAUACGGCCGCGAGGGCAGCUGGUUAUCCAAGCAACGCGGGGACCACUAGCACAGGCACCACCACGCCAUUAGGGGCCCAUCACACCACCCACUCUCAUGCCCACGCGCACCAUGGGGCCCAUGCAACCCCCUGCUCGGUAAUGGCCGCCAGGUCUCAAGAGGUCCAUCGACACGCCGCCUCGAUCUUCCCGUCGGCCAUUAAUCUGCAGAGUGGACUAGGAUAUAAGGCUUACUCCGGACACGAUGGCCUGGCGGAGAAGAGGAAACAGCGUCGGAUACGAACAACCUUCACCUCGGCUCAGCUUAAAGAAUUGGAGCGUGCCUUCCAGGAGACUCACUAUCCGGAUAUUUACACUAGAGAAGAAAUCGCCAUGAAAAUCGACCUGACGGAGGCUAGAGUCCAAGUGUGGUUCCAAAACCGGCGUGCGAAGUUCCGGAAGCAGGAACGACUAGCCCAGCAGAAAUCCAGCUCUCAGAGUGGUAUGGGCGUGGAUAGUGGAGCUUCGAGUCCAGUGGCUGGUAACGUGAAGGCGGAAGGACGUUCUCCAAGAAGCCCAGCGACGCCACCAGGCGGUUCGAACAGCGUGAUGUCGACGAACGAGGUGAAACCAAUCGCGAAUCCAAACCUGGUCAGCGUGAAACACACCAGCGACGCGUCUGUAGAGGGAAACUCGCCAAACACGCGAGGAAGUAACAGCGGCGGAGGAACAUGGGGUUCAUGUAGCCCCAGGCCCUUCUCUGCAGCGCUACCGCCCUAUCUAUUGGACCCGCUGCCCCUGAAAACCGCGAAUCUCUACUAA